AUGUCCCCGGCCCAUCAGCGUCCUGCGCGCACAUCAUACGCCGUUCGGUCGAGAUCGACCGGGAUUCCCGCGUCCACCUUGUGGCGGCGGGCCAAUAACAAGCCUUCGAUCGCCGAUAAAGCCACCAAUCAGCAAUAUCUUACCCCGCAAGAGGAGCAAGCCCUGGUUGAAUAUGUGUUGCGGUUGGCAGACAACGGCUAUCCGCUUCCAGUGAAGUUUUUACGAUCGCUCGCUCUGAUCAUCGUACGCCAACGGUCCUCGAUCUUCCAAAUCACAGAUCCCAGCCUUAAGGUCCGACCUCCGGGAAAGAAUUGGCCCCAGGGUUUUUACCAACGACACCCGCGGUUGAAAGCGCGACGGCUGCGAGCGAUCGAUUGGAAGCGAGAUGGCCGGCAGAUCGAAGACAAAGUCCGACACUGGUUUACCAUCAUUGGCCGAGAGCUGGCCGAUCCGGCCAUUCUGCCGGAGAAUGUGUACAAUAUGGACGAGACGGGGGUUCUUCUUAGUGUUCUCAACUCCCUCAAAGUGCUCGUCGCUAAGGACGAUUUGAGGAAGCAUCGAGGGACCACGGUGAAGCGGACGCUAGUCACGGCGAUUGAAUGUAUCUCCGCCGAUGGACGAUUUCUACAUCCUCUCAUCAUCUGGCCAGCCGCCACCCAUCGUAGUUCGUGGACCACUCACCCCACCCCCGGGUGGCAUUAUGCCUGCUCUAAGACAGGUUAUACAAACACAGAAAUCAGUCUGUACUGGGUAGAACAUGUGUUCGAUCCCCAGACUCGAGACCGUGCGGGCGGUCGACCACGACUCUUAAUCUGCGAUGGUUUUGGGACCCAUGAGUCUCUAGAGGUCAUGAAGUUCUGUUUUGCUAACCGUAUUAUCCUAUGUCGUCUUCCUUCUCAUACGUCUCACAAACUACAGCCGUGCGAUGUGGGUGUCUUUAGUCCUCUGAAAACGGCAUACAGGGCACAGGUUGAGCAGGCAUGUCGAGCUGGAGUGAGUAACAUCGGCAAGCCCCACUUCACCUAUCUUUAUGAUCGCGCCCGGAAAGAGGCAUUCACAUCCCGCAAUAUACGAUCGGCCUGGUCCAGAAGCGGCCUCUUUCCAUUCGAUUCCUCUCGCGUUCUCCGGGAGUUUGAAGCGUCCCAGCCCGAGAUACAGACCGCGGUCUCUUUGGACCACCCGACCGUGUCCUCCGAUUUCUCUUGCAUCCCAAACACCUCUGAUCAUUUCGCAUUGCUUCGGAGAGAGUGUAUUCAAAAUUUGGCACUUUCAGAAAUGUCAACUCAAGCAGAAACCCCUUCAUUGCCUUGCCCCUUCCACAAAGACGAUCAGCUCAAUGGUGAUCUCGAUGCAUCGCUCGAUUACCUGCCAGGUCAUCCCCGGAUCAAGAUGAGCGACGCCAAGGGUUUGUUUGAUUUCAUUCACCAGGAAGUCUGGUCAGAGGACCUAGAGUCGAUAGCGGGCAGACUCUGGUGGAUGUCGAAGCAGGAUGGCAGCAAUAUCUCUCCAUUGCAUCGACAGCGAGUAAAGGGCCGACAGAUCAUCGUGACGGAGGAUCCUCGGCUACAUCUCGUGUGGAUUGAUGACAGAAUCUACGUUAAGCCCCUUCCCCAGUACAUCAUGUCCUACGUAUUCUGGGAUAAGUUCAUGAGCGAUCCGUCUAAAUAUGGCGCGUCGGUGAAUUUAAGAAAGGCCGCACUCGGGUAUCUGCGAACGUAUUUCUACCUGAUCCAGCAUGAAUCAGAUCUACGAAUCGCACAAGAUCCGGCGCUCUGUCUGGUCCCUAAAUAUGUGACCUGGCGACAUUUCUGCCAGUUCACUGAUCAGUUCAAGGACAUCACGGAUAACGAAGUGUCGGGACGCUAUCAUUACGGAGAGAUCCGAUUGUCUCGAUUGAACUAUUACGCACCUGUUCUCUUGGGUAGAAGCCAAUAUCAGCGUGUGAAUCAUCAGUAUCGAGCAUACUUCGCUCGCAUUCAAGGCCCCUUGAUAUCUGCAUUUGCAUUUUUCUCGAUUCUCCUGAACUUACUUUGA